AUGUCUACGUCGUCAGUGGUGCAGCAGUUCGUCAACGGGCUCAAGUCCCGGAAUCGCAAUGUGCAAAACAAGGCAGCGCAAGACUUGUUCCUGUUUGUCAAAACAGAGGUGCGGGAAAUGUCGCAAGAGGAACUGGUCCAAUUUUUCGAUGACUUCGACCAUCACAUAUUUAAUAUGGUCAACGCAACCGACAUUAAUGAGAAAAAAGGGGGCGCCCUAGCCAUGAAGUGCCUGAUUAGUGUCGAUGCGUUGAAGGCCACUAAGGGCAUAUCGCCAUAUUUGAAUCGCUUGCGUGAUCUACUGCUCAUCAAUGAUGUCUCCGUUAUGGAAAUUGCAGCGCGCUCAUUGGUAAAACUGGCGAACUUACCGGGGUCAAAGGGUGUCGAAUCGUUUGAUUUUGAUAUUAAACACGCCUUUGAAAUGUUGAGUGGGGAGAGACAGGAGUAUCGUCGCCACGCCGCCGUUUUUAUACUUCGAGAACUGGCAAUGGCAUUGCCUACAUAUUUCUAUCAGCAAAUCUUAGCUUUUUUCGAGCACAUCUUCAAUGCGAUCUUUGAUCCAAAGCCUGCCAUACGUGAAUCGGCAGGCGAAGCUCUGCGAGCGGCCCUAAUUGUAACAGCCCAGCGGGAGAACACGAAGCAAUCGAGUGAGCCUCAAUGGUAUAAAAAGUGCUAUGACGAAGCCAGUAAUAGCUUCAGUGUGGACCUUGGAACAGGCAAGGAACAAAAGGGAAUGACUCGUGAUGAUCGCAUACACGGUGGUCUCAUUGUUUUUAACGAGCUCUUUCGCUGUGCGAAUGCAGUUUGGGAACGUCGCUAUACAACAUUGAAGACACUCUUUCCAAAGACUCAUCAUAAUAAGAUCCUAGAGGCGACCAGCUCAGCAAAUGCAAGCAGCCAGUUGAACACAAUUGUACCACGACUCAAAGUGCCUUUUAUCGACAAGCUAGGCAGUAGCCAGGUGCAUAUGGAAAGUGAGCAGCCUCAUGGAAUACCCAACAAGUUUUCCAGCCUUAGUGUAUUGGAAUCUGCAUACGCGCAUGAAAUAUUGACAGAGCACUACACUACAAUUUGUGACAAUGUCCUGGAGCAGCGGUUCUCCAAGUCGCCUUAUGUACAGCAGGCCUUGCUUCAAAUUAUGCCGCGGCUGGCCGCUUUUAAUCGCUCAGUAUUCGUCAGCAAAUACCUAAAUAUCUGUGUAGCCCACCUUAUGAGCAUAUUGCGCGGCAAGGAAAAGGAUCGUACGAUGGCCUACAUCACGAUUGGCUACCUGGCCGUGGCAGUUGAACGCGACAUUGAACCACAUCUGAAACCAAUAAUGAGCAUCCUCAAACAAGCACUUCCUGCCAAGGAUUUAGCAAGCAAGCGCAAGACUGUCGUUGAUCCAGCUGUCUUUGCUUCCAUAACGCUGUUGGCUCACGCAGUCAAAUCGGAUAUUGCGGAAGAUGUUCAGGAUAUAUUAGAGCAGAUGUUUAGCACUGGUUUGUCGCCAGCCUUAACUGUCUGUCUGCGUGAAUUGGCCGAGAAUGUGCCGCAACUGAAGUCGGCGAUUACAGAAGGACUAAUCGGCGUGCUGUCCCAGGUGCUGAUGAAUAAGCCAGCGACCAUUCCCUACGCUGCCACUUUACAAAUUGCCAUAGAUGCUUCACUCAUGAUGCAGACUGCAGAUGGCCCCACAAUUGUGCUCGCAUUGAAGACACUCGGCACAUUUAAUUUCGAAGAGCAGAAUAUGCUGGACUUUGUGCAGCGCUGUGCCGACUACUUCAUCAAUCAUGAGCAGCAAGAAAUUCGCUUGGAAGCGGUGCAAACGUGUACUCGAUUGCUAAAGCUUGCCGUGCAAUCAUCGGACAGCAUGGAGAAUUCUAAGACAUUGAGCGAUACGGUGUCCCAUGUUAUAGAGCGUUUGCUCACAGUAGCCAUUACAGAUAUGGAUUGCAAUGUACGCAUACGAAUUUUACGCUCCCUUGACGAAACCUUUGAUGCCAAGCUAGCCCAACCGGAAUCGCUAAAUUCACUUUUUAUCACGUUAAAUGACGAAACAUUUGAGAUUCGUGAGCUAGCCAUGGUUACAAUUGGACGAUUAUCAUCUAUGAAUCCCGCCUAUGUUAUGCCCAAACUAAGAACCACACUGAUCGAGCUUUUGACAGACUUACAGUUUUCCGGCAUGAGUCGAAAUAAGGAGCAGAGUGCGCGCAUGCUCGACCAUUUGGUUAUUAGCACGCCCCGGCUGAUUUCCUCGUACAUGAACCCCAUAUUAAAGGCGCUAGUACCGAAGCUGCACGAGCCAGAAUCGAAUCCUGGUGUAGUGCUCAAUGUGCUGCGCACCAUUGGCGAUCUGGCAGAGGUGAAUGGCGGUUCCAAUGAAAUGGAAUUGUGGGCCGAUGAACUGCUAUCGAUUCUACUGGAAAUGUUGGGCGAUGCAGGCAGUCCGGACAAGCGCGGCGUUGCACUCUGGACAUUGGGUCAGCUAAUCAGUGCGACGGGCCGCGUAGUUACGCCCUACCAUCAGUAUCCAGGCUUAAUUGACAUACUCAUAAACUUCUUGAAGACCGAACAGCGGCGUUCCAUAAGGCGUGAGACGAUCCGGGUGUUGGGCCUACUGGGCGCUAUGGAUCCGUAUAAACACAAGAUGAACAAGGGCCUCAUUGAUAGUCAGAAAGAUAAUGUAUUGAUUGCCUACUCUGAUGGCAAGGUCGAUGAGAGCCAGGACAUCUCAACGGCUGAAUUGUUGGUCAACAUGGGCAACCAAUUGGAUGAAUAUUAUCCGGCUGUAGCCAUCGCUGCCCUUAUGAGAAUUCUACGCGAUCCCACACUAAGCACCUUACAUACAAGCGUCGUGCAGGCGGUUACGUUCAUCUUUCAGAGUCUGGGCAUUAAGUGUGUACCGUAUUUGGCGCAAGUGCUGCCCAAUCUGUUGGACAAUGUACGCACAGCAGAUAAUAAUUUGCGUGAGUUCCUGUUUCAGCAGCUUGCUACUCUCGUUGGAUUCGUCAAACUGCACAUUAUCAGCUACAUGAGCGACAUAUUUCAGCUCAUCAAGGAGUUCUGGACCAUCAAUACACCGCUGCAUACGACGCUAAUUAACUUAAUUGAGCAAAUUGCUGUGGCCUUGGGCUGUGAAUUUCGGGAUUAUCUGGCCCAGCUCAUUCCGCAGAUUUUACGAGUUCUGCAGCAUGAUACGUCCAAGGAUCGAAUGGUUACCAGACGACUGCUGCAGGCGCUUCAGAAAUUUGGCAGUACUCUCGGCUAUUACCUACCAUUGAUUGUGCCGCCGAUCGUAAAGCUUUUCGACUCACCCUACGUACCCCAGCAAGUGUCUUUGGUUGCCUUAGAAACGAUUAAUCACUUAGCAGGUCAGCUAGACUUCACAGAUUUUUCCUCCCGUAUAAUACACCCUCUGGUACGUCUGCUGGACUCGGAGCCAGAACUGCGCGAACAAGCGAUGACCACCCUUUGUUCUUUGGUCAUACAACUGGGCAAGAAGUAUUUGGUGUUUGUGCCGAUGGUGAAUCGCAUAAUAACCAAGCAUCGAAUUGUGGAUUCCAAUUAUGAGAAGCUGCUUAACAAAAUCCAGAGUAAUACAACCAUGGCCCUGGAUGGGGAAUUCCUUACGCGGCAUGCUAAGUGUAAACAUAACGAGCCGAUGGUCUUAGACACGAGCAGCACAGCAACAUCCUUGAAGGUGCACACUGAGGAUUUGCGAGCAUCCUGGCAGGUCACGCGUCGUGUUUCUAAGGACGAUUGGGUCGAAUGGCUAAAACGUCUGUCGAUUGGAUUACUUAAAGAAUCACGCUCGCAUGCGCUGCGUGCCUGCCGCGUAUUGGCCAAGGACUACGAUCCCUUGCUGCGCGACUUAUUUAAUGCAGCAUUUAUCUCUUGCUGGACAGAUCUUUCACCGGAGCAUAAGCAUGAGUUAACUCAAUCCCUAAUACAGGCUCUGCAAGUCACAGAUAUGCCAGAAAUCACUCAGACCAUUCUUAAUUUGGCCGAGUUCAUGGAGCACUGCGAUCGCGAUCCCAUACCGAUUGAUACAAAGCUUCUUGGCACACGGGCUAUGGCUUGUCGCGCAUACGCCAAGGCAUUGCGCUAUAAGGAGGAGGAGUUCCUGCUGCGCAAGGAUCCUCAAGUCUUUGAGUCACUUAUACUGAUCAAUAACAAGCUGCAACAGCGUGAGGCCGCCGAAGGUCUGUUGACCACCUAUCGUAAUGCAGCUAAUGAGCUAAACGUCCAGGGACGCUGGUACGAGAAGCUGCAUAACUGGGAUCAGGCUCUGCAUCACUACAAAUACAAUUUGUCAACGGAUGCCAACGAUCUGGAGGCGCGUCUAGGUCAUAUGCGCUGUCUGGAGGCGCUUGGCGACUGGUCCGAGUUGAGUAAUGUGACGAAACAGGAAUGGGAGAGCUUCACUCCAGAGGUUAAGGCUCGUGCUGGCCCCUGGGCUGCUGUGGCCGCCUGGGGUCUGGAGGAUUGGGAGGCUAUGCAAGAGUAUGUACGCUGCAUUCCUGUAGACACGCAGGAUGGUAGCUACUAUCGGGCUGUACUCGCAGUACAUCACGAAGAUUUUGAAAAGGCCCAGUUUCUCAUCGAUGAGACCCGCGAUCUGCUCGACACGGAGCUGACAUCCAUGGCAGGCGAAUCAUAUGAGCGCGCCUAUGGCGCCAUGGUCUGUGUGCAAAUGUUGGCCGAACUGGAGGAAGUUAUUCAAUACAAACUCAUACCAGAUCGACGAGAGCCUCUGAAAUCGAUGUGGUGGAAGCGCCUUCAGGGCGGUCAGCGUUUGGUCGAGGAUUGGAGACGCAUAAUCCAAGUGCAUUCGCUGGUGGUGAAACCACAUGAAGACAUACACACGUGGCUGAAGUAUGCAAGUCUUUGUCGCAAAAAUGGCUCUCUCCAUUUAUCACACAAAACUCUAGUCAUGCUCUUGGGCAUGGAUCCCAAACAGGCGCCUAACGAACCAUUGCCGUCCAAUCAACCGCAGGUUACCUACGCCUAUACAAAAUAUAUGGACGCCUCGGGCCACCUUCAGGAGGCGUACGAUCAACUACGUCACUUUGUCAACACCUAUAGCGCUCAGUUAUCAUACAUACCGCAGGAGGCAGUGAAACAAGAGGAUCAUCGCUUGCUAGCACGCUGUUAUUUACGUCUCGCCACCUGGCAAAAUAAGCUGCAAGGCAUCCUUGAACCGGAGGCGGUGCAGGGUGCCCUCGAGUGCUUUGAGAAGGCCACAAGCUACGAUCCGAACUGGUACAAGGCCUGGCACAAAUGGGCCUACAUGAAUUUCAAAGUAAUGCAGGCCCAGAAACAAACACCCGAUAAGAAGCCGGUGGGCGAUGGGGAAUAUUCGGCUAAGGAUCGCCUCAUUAUUCAGCAGUAUGCUGUACCCGCUGUUCAGGGCUUCUUCCGGUCGAUUAGCCUCAUUAAGGGUAACUCACUGCAGGACACUCUGCGUCUAUUAACACUAUGGUUUGACUAUGGCCACGACUCUGAGGUUUAUGAAGCUGUACUUUCGGGCAUGAAACUCAUCGAGAUUAACACAUGGCUACAAGUGAUCCCUCAACUAAUUGCUCGCAUCGACACGCAUCGUAAGCUGGUUGGCCAACUUAUACAUCAGCUUCUAAUGGAUAUUGGCAAAAAUCAUCCUCAGGCCUUGGUCUACCCUCUAACAGUCGCCUCCAAAUCCGCCUCGCUAGCACGUAAAAAUGCCGCCUUCAAAAUACUCGACUCGAUGCGAAAGCACUCCCCCACAUUGGUGGAGCAGGCGGUGAUGUGUAGCGAAGAACUAAUCCGUGUAGCCAUUCUUUGGCACGAGCAGUGGCACGAAGCCCUGGAAGAAGCCUCCCGUCUUUACUUCAGCGAUCGCAAUGUAAAGGGCAUGUUUGAAAUACUGGAGCCCCUUCACGCAAUGCUUGAGCGUGGCCCCCAGACUCUGAAGGAGACCUCCUUCUCGCAGGCAUACGGCCGCGAGCUAACCGAGGCCUAUGAAUGGACGCAACGCUACAAGACCUCAUCCGUGCUAUUGGAUCUAGAUCGUGCCUGGGAUAUUUACUAUCAUGUUUUCCAGAAAAUUUCACGUCAACUGCCGCAGCUUACCUCCCUGGAAUUGCCGUACGUGUCUCCAAAGCUAAUGACCUGCAAAGAUCUCGAGCUAGCCGUGCCUGGAUCCUAUAAUCCAGGACAGGAACUAAUACGGAUCAGCCACAUCAAGACCAAUCUUCAGGUUAUAACAUCGAAGCAGCGACCACGCAAAUUAUGCAUACGUGGUUCCAAUGGCAAGGACUACAUGUAUCUGCUGAAAGGUCAUGAGGAUUUGCGACAGGAUGAGCGUGUGAUGCAGCUAUUCUCGCUCGUCAACACCUUACUGCUCGACGACCCUGAUACGUUCCGGCGAAAUUUAGCCAUUCAGCGCUACGCCGUCAUACCGUUAAGCACCAAUUCUGGCCUCAUUGGCUGGGUACCACACUGUGAUACGCUACACACGCUGAUACGUGAUUACCGGGACAAAAAGAAGGUGCCGCUUAAUCAGGAGCACCGAACCAUGCUCAACUUUGCACCCGACUACGAUCAUUUGACACUCAUGCAAAAGGUGGAGGUGUUCGAGUAUGCGCUGGGCCAGACUCAGGGCGAUGAUCUGGCCAAGCUGCUUUGGCUGAAGUCGCCCUCGUCGGAGGUUUGGUUCGAACGUCGCAAUAACUACACCCGCUCCCUAGCGGUCAUGUCUAUGGUUGGCUACAUUCUCGGUCUGGGCGACCGUCACCCCUCCAACCUGAUGUUGGAUCGCAUGAGUGGAAAGAUCCUGCACAUUGACUUUGGUGACUGCUUUGAGGUGGCCAUGACUCGGGAAAAAUUCCCUGAGAAAAUCCCCUUCCGAUUGACGCGCAUGCUGAUCAAGGCCAUGGAGGUCACUGGCAUCGAGGGCACCUAUCGCCGUACCUGCGAGAGUGUCAUGGUGGUGCUGCGUCGCAAUAAGGACUCCCUUAUGGCCGUCCUCGAAGCAUUCGUCUACGAUCCCCUACUUAAUUGGCGUCUCCUUGAUGUGGACAAAAAGGGAAAUGAGCCGGCAAACUCGGGCAUGCAAAUUGGCGGCAAUGGCAGCCCCAGCAACUCCUUAGAGGAGUCCCUGUUGCACAGCAAUCCCGUAGCCAAGUCCAAAACCUAUGAGGCACAGCUGUCGUCCAACCUGAUGGGCGUGGCAAAUGUGGCCGAUGUCACCAAUAGCAAGGCCAGCAAGGUGAUCAAGCGAGUGAAACGGAAACUAACCGGCACCGACUUCCAAACCCAAAGCAGCGUAACCGUGCAACAGCAGGUGGAGCUACUCAUCCAGCAGGCUACCAAUAACGAGAACCUCUGCCAGUGCUAUAUUGGCUGGUGUCCAUUUUGGUGAGAGGCGAGUCGUCGCCCUGAACAUAAAUUGCACAUAUUUAUAAUUUAUAUAGCAUGUUAGAAUUACGCUUCAUAUAAUUUUAUAUUGUAAAUUCAAUUGCAAUUAAAUUCCAAAUUUUGUAAACCUCA